AUCCAAAUGACCAAUAAAAACAAUAUGGCGGACUACUUGAAGUCGUUCAUAAAACAAUGUGGAAAAAUUACAGCAAAAAGAGGAAAACACGUCUAGUACAGUACAUAAUUGUAUUGGAAUCUUACCUUUCUUACAAUGAUCAGUAGAAAUAUAGUUAAAUACCUUGGACAAAUGUACGUUUUCUGGUGAAAAUGUCAAGCCCUACGGAGUUCGUCUUUACGCAGUCUUCGUCACCAAAACUUCCAGCCAUCGGAGAAAAUAGAAAUUUGGUCUCACAGCCUUUGACUAAAGAUUCAAGGGAGUCAAUAACUGCCAUAGAAAAGGAGAAACCAAAUAUUUCGCCAGAAAAAAAUGGAGAAGAUGUGGAAGCCAGUGAAGAAAGGACUAAACUGAUAACGUUGAUUUGUCGUGCAUUCAUCACUGCUUUACAACGGAAUAAUGAAAUAAAAUUUUGGAAUCAUUUGUGCGAAGUCCUGGAACUUUCCAAGCCUUAUUCAUCUAUUCUGAAAACUAAGCAGGUUUGCCAUUAUGCAGAAAGGGCUUAUAGUGAGAUCCAAGGGCGAGACGAGCUGCAGUUUGUUUCCCUGUGUUUGGAAAACUUUUUUCCAGAUUUCGUUACGAGUUUACAAAUAACUGGAAAAGCUCUUGAAAAAAAGCAAAAAUUUCCAUCUGGGCCUACUGAAGACCUUCCCUUAACUCCAAGGAUUAGAACUUUGGUACAAAAAGGCAUUCGUAUUCCCAGAGGAGAGCAAAACUCUUCUUGUAGUUCAAUGUAUAUGUUUGAUAAGCAACUAGAUGUAGACCCAACGAAGACUUUACAACCCAAAGAGCUAACGCUUAAAGACCUUAAAAUGUCACUUGCCGAUGUUGUGAGAGAAAUAUCUGCAAGAGAUUCAGUUUUGGGUGUUCCCCUAGGAAUGGCGAUAUUGGCCAUGGAUGUCGAUCUUCCCCAGACACUGGUCCCAACUCCCCCUCAAACUCCCAAAAGAUCAUCAAGUGCCACUUCCAUACAUGUCACAAUUGACGAUGGCCAAAAGAAUGCACAAGCUGAUCAGAAAACUAAGAGAGAAAAGGUCUUUGUGCCAAGAACUGGAAGGGAAAUAGUUGAAAGUUUCAUUAAGGGAAAUUUUCUUGGCGAAUUGAAGUUUGCCUACGUGAACUUGGCCCCAUCGCUGCAUUAUGAUCCAUAUAACCUGAUUGAAGUUCCAAAAGACAAGGUUAAUCCAGAGCACUUUAUCAUCUCUUCACAUAGUAUACUCCAUGUGUCUGAUAUAGGACCAUCCGAGUCACAGACCUUAUCAGAAUGGUACACUGAAGCAUCUAUUUUUCAGGCAAUUCUGAAUCUGUCCUUCUUCAAGAAUUUUUUGCUAAGAAAGAUGUUCCUAAAAUGGAAGGAACUCAAGAAGCACACAUUUUUUGUCAAAUUGAAAUCAGAAGUUGAGCUGUCGUUGCUUCACAAUGUGCCGACAUUUGGUUCUGCUCUGAUAAGAAUUUCAGCACUUUUGAAUGAUUUGGCCAAAAUCACUUUCCUUCCCUUCGAAGCAAAUUACUGCUACUCCCUGGAAGAGUUUGAAGAGGCGACAUUCAAGGCAAGCGAUACCGGCCAGAUGUACUUGAACAAGUUUUUUAACUAUUGCCAAAUGGUUGUCGACAAGACUGAAGAAAACUGCUUUGAGUAUUUGAGAUACUGUGAAGCCCUGGUCAGAAACCACCGUCAUAAUUACAAAGAAUCUCUAGCUAUUGCCAAAGAGAAACACAACAUUAGACAGCAAAACCUCCGGCUUGCCCGAGAAGAAGUUACGAAGCUUGGCAACUUUGUGACCUUGGUUGAUCAUAUUAUAUUUCAAAACCUUCUCACUGUUGCACAGACCAACAUCUGUAAGUUUGUUGACGUAACUCUUYCUGGACCAAGACCAGGAAGGGAUGGACUCUUCAGAGCUUUUGUUGUGUUUGAUGAGAAUCACAAACUAGUUCUUGCCCCUUCUACAAAGCAGUUGUCACAUUCACUGUCAUCUGCCAUGGACAUUGUCCUAGUUUCUGUGUGCAACCUGUCACAUGGAAUGGACCUUGGUGAAGAAACCAAAUCCUUCAUCAUUAAUGCUAGCAAGACCAAUUUAUCCAUGACCACUCCAGUGAAAGAUGAUGGUGCUGAUAAUGCACGCGAAGAGAAGGAAGCAAGGAAAAAAGUUCCUGAUCACUCUCCACUCCCAGAAAGUAACCCUGAAAUGAGCGAAAGCAAAAAUGAAAGUGAGAUUGGUCUGGAUUUCCUUGUUUCUCCAGAAAAUUUAAAUGUGAGAAAAGGGAUGCCAAAGACACAGGUCUUUGUGAAGUUUCCACCCAGCACUUCCCAAGAUGUAAGAACUGAGGCAGAAAUAGAAGAAGAUAUUGAAGAUUUUGACACUAGUCUGACAAGUGCAAGAGAAUUACGUGUACGACAGACAUUUGCAGAGCCACUUUGUUCCAAGAGGAAACAGGAGAGUAUUCUAGUGAUUGAAGGACAAAAAUGUGACCAGCAUGGAACAAGUUUGAGUCCUUUGACCAGGGAAAAACUGGAGCCAACCCUGUAUAAUGAUGAGAAAAUCAGAGAUGCCUUGAAAUAUCAUGAAGAGUUUGUUGCUGAAUCAAUGGAAGAGGUACAAGAGUUCUGCAACAACCAUGACUGGCUUGCCAACAUUCAUCGAUUUGUUUCAGCUUGGGACGUUUCUCAGGUGGAAUAUUGGAAAGGUCAACCUACAUCCAAUAUUGAACAACAACUCCAUCAAAUUCAAACCUGGAUAGAACAAGUUUCCCAUGUCAUCAAAACCUUUUCCACUGCCAACGGACUGCUCUACGUAGAUUGUCAUGUGAUACAAAACAUAAUGGUCCCCCAACUCAACGGCAUAUUCAAGCAGAUGGUCAAAAUGGUUGCCUCUCAGGUCUUGUUGUUGUCACAGGAAGUUAUAUCUGACAUGGAAAGGCUGUCUGAGAGCCUCAAGGAUCAAAGAGUUGAAAUCAAAGGCUUUGCUGAAUUCAUUUUACAGCUUGAAAAAGUCAAGUCCAAAAUGCCAGCUCUGAAGGAGAAAGUUGAACACAUCAAAAACCUCUUUGAAGUUAUUCRAAGCUGCUACCGGCAACUGUCUGCAGAGGAAGAAAUAACUGAGGAGAAGGUUUGGGCACUCUGGGAAUUCUUUCUUUUUGGUCUUCAGGAAGCAUCUGAUUUUGUCCAGCUACAAAGACCACUGAUAGUUGAAAAAAUAGCUGAAGUCAUAUCGAGUUUAGAGGAGGAAGCGCUUGAUAUCGGUAGGAACGCAACAACUGGUCGAUUCUUGGACUCUAAACAGAACCCAACAAGUGUAUUGAUGGCUAUGAGAAAGCUACGUGAACGAUACCUGAAGAUUCGCAGCAGACUCAAAGACAUAAAAAAAUGGAAAGAAAUCAUCACGGGGACUUCGUACGACCUGUCACGUGUGCUGGCCAUCUAUGACUCUAUCGACAAGAGACAUGAACUGUGGCGCUAUUGUGAAGUAUCCGCCAAUACCAUCAAAGACUUUUUAAACAGCCCAUUUAAGAAGGUGAACGUUAAGAGAGCUAUUGAUAGAGUCAACGAGUGGAUAUCCGCUGGCAAGAACCUGCAGGCUCAUAUCAGUGCUACUGAUGAAGUUCUGGCUUCAUGGAUGGCCCUGCUUGAAGAAUUUAUCCAGGACUUACCACAACUCCAGCAGCUGUCUAGUGAUGCUCUGAAGCCUCGACAUUGGAAAGCACUUUUCAUAGGCAUAGGACAAGACUUUGAUUCCUCCAUGCUCUUCACCACGUCAACCCUUCUCUCCUUCAACCUCAGCCGUUACAAAGAUCUUAUAUCAGCGAUAUGUGCCGGAGCUAACAAGGAACAUACACUAGAGCUACAGGUCAAUCAUCUGUCCAAGGCCUGGAAGGAGAGAGAGUUCAAGUUGGCCAAGCAUAUCCCACUUAUGAGGGCGAGGUUUGGAGCUGGGAAGGCAAACCAUAAGGAUGGACAAAAGAAAAAGAAGCGUACAAAGAUACCACUAGAUCAGGCGGCCAAGAUCAUAAACAAACCAAGAACCCCAGCUUUUGUACCCGACUCAUUCACAUUGAUUGGGAUUGGUGAACUGAAAUGCAUACUCGAGGACAAUCUGAUCACCCUGAAGUCGAUGCUUGUGUCACCCUACGUGGCUGACCUGAAGCCAUCCGUGGAGUAUUGGAUAAAAUGUCUGAAUGAAAUAGAGGGUAUUGUAGACAUCUGGAGUGACUGCCAAAGAAAGUGGCUGUAUUUGAGUAACGUUUUUUCUGAGCCAAACAUCCUCAACGAAUUUCCUGACCACCUGAACGACUUUACCCUUAUAGAUACCAAGUAUAGGGAGUUUAUACAAGUCAUCUCUAGAGACACUAAAGUGGUUUCUGUCAUUCAAAAAAAUCGAGGCGAACAGGGAUGGCGGGAACUUCAAGGAGAAGCUAUGAAAGUCUAUCUACUGGAACUGAUUCAAGAGGAAGAGGAGCUAAUCAAGGUCGUUGACGUAUACAUGCAGCAAGCCCGUAGCGCAUUCCCAAGACUUUAUUUCUUGAGUGACAAUGCGUUACUUAGUCUCUUGGCUUGGUCACGCAAUCCCAAGGAUUUGUUACCGUUUGUCAAGAUGUGUUACCCUGGGAUUAAGUCACUGCAGUUUGCGUUACCUCGGGAUUCUACUCUUCAGUUAACUACAGCUCUUGAUGCUGCACUGAAUGCGCAUUUAAUGGAGGUGACAGGAAUAGAGGGUCUUCACGGUGAACACGUCAGACUAAUCAGACCAAUACCCGCCUCUCCAAGACCCCAGAGGUGGCUGGCUAACCUUGAACAGAAUAUGCGAGAUACCCUUAUAAAGGAACUAGGAGAUUGCGUUAAGAAUCUACUGCAAAAUGGCUUGACAGAUGUAACAGGAAUCGUGGAACACAUAACCAAACAAGGACAUGGCAGCAAAAAUGUCGUAUCUUCUGAGGACUCGCAUUGCCAUUGGUUGGUUCGUUCCCCUGCGCAGUGUAUCUUAACAGCUCAUGCAGCUACGUGGGUACAACAAGUCAAUCUAACGUUGGCCAGUGGUCGGUUAUUGGGGCUAUCAAACAUUAGAUCUGAGUUGUUAUCUUCCAUCGAUGACUUGACAUCAGCCAUCAGAAAGAACACAGAAUGGCACACUGACAGCCCAUUACACAAGAGACUUGAACUGCUUCUUGCCUCCCUCCUUACCCAAGCUGUCAAUCAUCGAGAUGUGGUUAAUGGCUUGAYUGAUGAUCGAGUUUUCAGCCUGCACAGUUUUGAAUGGCAGAGUGAACUAAGACCAGAAGUAGAGGUCACCGAAGUAAUAACUUCUUCCUACGGUGGCCAGCAAGCAAAUGACAAAGGAAUUCCAGUUAAAAGAAGUCACAGAGUUGGUCGUUGUAUGAUAGAGCAACUCGGUAGCAGCUCUUCCUAUGGUUACGAGUAUCUUGGGCCUUCAUCGAGACUGGUCAGGACUCCAUUAACAAAGCGAUGCUUCCUGACGCUUAACAUGGCGCUACAAGCUUUCAAGUGUGGCACACCUCAUGGUCCUGAUGGGACGGGCAAAACUGAAACUGUUAGGGAGCUGUCAAAGAUUCUUGGGCGACACCUGGUCAUGUUCGACUGUUCACAAAGCCUAGCUAGCCCUAUGCUAGUUCGUUACCUAUCUGGCAUGGUUACUGCCGGUUCGUGGGUCUGCUUUGAAAACAUUGAUUCAGUUAACACAGGUGUAUUGUCUGUGUUUGGACAACACUUAGAGAAGAUCAAAGGAUCCAUGAAAGCUCUUAAGAGGGACUUCUAUAGUCAGUAUACUGUGAGACGAUGUUCAACUAAGGAUCAAAAAACUGCUGAUUCAAGUAAACGUAGAUCAAGUGUAACAAGUCUUACUCCUCUACACGGAGAAAAAUCUCUCCGGCAAAAACCAGACAUUGAGCAGGAAUUAAAACAUCAAAGACGUCGUCUAUCCAUUACUGAAACAGACAACAUCCUUGAAUCAUCUUACUAUCAAACCUCCAAUAAACCAGCCAAGAAGACCACCUCUUCCUAUGAUGACCAAAUACUCGACGUGACAUUCCUGGACAUCAAGGGUGCUGCCCGCUAUAAGGAUACCACACCCGAUAGCUUCACCAUGCCCUUAUUGGGGAAUAUUGUGUUUAACAGUCAACUGAUGGCUGCAAGUGAGAUGUAUGGGUGUUUCAUGACUAUGUCUUCCUAUUACAACAGCAGUGCAUAUAUCCCUGAGAAUUUGAAGGCUUUACUAAGACCAGUGGCAAUGAUCGUUCCUGAUGCUCUGCCAGUUUUGGAAAUAUCCAUGAGGUGCUGUGGGUUUACGGAAGCCAAACCUCUAGCCAACAAAAUCCUUACUUUCUUCAAGAUGAUCAGUGACCAGGUGUCGUGUCAAGCACAGUACGACUUUUCUCUCCGUUCCAUGCGCUCUGUGAUCACUCUCGCUAGUAAACAGUUAAGACAAGACUUGAAGAAAAAGGCCAGCGAAAAAGAGUCUGAAGGAGAAGAUAAUAAAGAAGCACCAACCCGAAGUCCAUUCUUGGAGAGUUUUGAACGUCGUCAAACCGAAGAAAACUCUGUCGUACAUGGCAUCUUCAACUUCUUUGGAAACAAGCUCGAGUCAUCAGACAGAGAGGUUUUCUCUGCGACGCUUGAUUCAGUGUUUGUCCACAGUGUGUUGAUGUCUAUGUCUACUGAAGGAGAUCCUGUACUCCAAGAUGAGCUAAAAGAGUACUUCCAAGCCAAUGGUUUACAAAUAAGACCGGAAAUGAUCUCCAAAGCUCUACAGUUAUAUCAGAGUAUUCAAAGCAAUGGUAAAAUCAUAGUCCUCGGCUCUGCAGGAUCCGGUAAAACCACCCUACAUCAGGCCUUAACUGGAGCUGUGAACAACCUGAACACUAGACUUUCAGUCAACUUACCUCCGCGCAAAACACCAAAAACUACCAGUGUCCAUUCUGAGAUGACAGUCGAUGUGGAGAGCAGUAAGCUAUGGCCCAAAAUAGACGUUAUGGUUGUAUACCCUAAAUCUAUGACCAACGAUGAGCUAUUCGGGCGAAUGGACAGUUCAGCAAAUCUCUGGCGUGACGGACUCAUCAGCAAAUACUUGCGUGACACAAACACAUCAGCGCAUACGAAAAAUGAACUACAGUCACUUUCAUUAGAAGAGAAGCAGCGUGUCUUCCGAGGGAUGGCAGAUCUGUCUCGUGUGGAAAAGUGGCUUGUGUUUGAUGGUCCUCUGGAUGACUUUUGGAUGGGGCCAUUGAAUACCGUACUGGAUAAUACCCGGGCGCUGUCUUUGGGCAAUGGGGGCUCCAUUACUGUACCAGAUACCGUCAAUAUAUUGUUUGAAACGACUGACCUGAGCCUGGCUUCGCCUUCACUGGUAACCCGCUGCUCUGUCGUGCAUUGUCCUGAUACUCUGAUUGGAUGGAAAUCUUUUUUGAGGUCAUGGAUCAAGACAGCUCACUCCAAGUGGGAAAUUUCGAGUCGAGGGCUUGGUAUCAUCUCAAAUCUAAUGGAUCAUGUAGUUGAAUCAACACUGGAAUUUCUUCAGAAGAACUGUAGCCCCAUCCUUAACACCGACUGCGGCACCAAAACAGCCCCAGCCUCCCCCUCUAGGGGUACUUAUGAAGUACAGACGCUUCUUCGAUAUCUGUCAGCCCUGUUUGAUUCUCACAUCUUGCGCGAGACUGAAGAUCAUCAUCAUCUUCAGGGCUUGCAUCACAAGGGAAGUAUAUCAGUGGCAGGGCCGACUGGUAGCCGUCAUAAUUCUGGGAUUUCUUCCAGUGACUCAGGAAAAGUGAUUUCAGCUUUUGCUUUUGCCUUCGUGUGGUCGUUUGGAGGUCAUAUCCACCACAGAUACAAAGAUGCAUUCGACGAGCAUGCGCGCAAGAUACUCUCCUCAGGUCCCUAUCCAGCCACAAUACCAGAGGAUGGCCUGGUGUACGAUUACUAUUUGGACUUCUUUAAAGGAACGUUGGUCAAAUGGGAAGAAAGACCUGGUGCUCAGUUUAAGACCUUGGCAUCGUCCUUCACUGUCGUUCCUGAGCUUGAUCGUUACUUCUUUUUAAUGGAUCUGAUGAUUUCUGCACAUCAACCAGUUCUCUUAGUUGGGAACACAGGUUCGGGAAAAUCUGCCUUAAUCCAGAACCUCAUUAGUCCGCGCCAUUCGUACCAACGAAUCUUCAUGUCUCCUGGAUUCUCGUGUAAACUACUGCAAGAAAACAUCGAAUCCAAAGUUAAUCAAGUAAAACAACGUGAUCUAAGACAAGUUGUUAGCCACCACAACAUAUCUGAGGGUGAGCUGGCAUCCAGCACUAAAUCCAAGUCCCAGCUCUUGUUUUUAGAUGAUCUUAGCUAUUCUGGUGCAGAUGAAAGUGGUGCUCAACCACCCCUCGAGUUACUGAGACAAAUACUUGCUGAAGGUUAUUUAUACGACAAAGAGACGAAUCAAUGUAACCCAGUUCAAAACAUUCAGUUCCUAGCUACAGCAGUACCUCCCAGUUCCACCAGUGUGGGUAGUGGAGUCGCCAGUCACGUGCUGAGCCCUCGAUUGACUCGUCUCAUGACCGUACUGUCAUUCUUUCCUGUCAGCUCGGAGACGCUGACGGUCAUCUACUCGGGCGUCUUUCAUGCCUGGCUACAGGAGUUCCCUGCCUACUCUCUGACACACCACUCACUUAUUGCGAAGGCUAUGGCAAGUGCAGCUGUCAAUUUAUUUGACAAGAUUCGUGAAGAACUUCGUCCAACUCCUUUGAACCCUCACUUUAUUUUCACCCAGCACGAUCUUGCACGAGUUGCACAAAGUAUGUCUUUAUUCUCAACGACUUCCCGCUCUCGACCACGGCCUCGGAUCAGGAGACGUGGUACAGAAAGAGGAACGUCCAUAUACUCGAGCAGAACAGAUAUUCUGGGUGAAUUGAAUGGAAAUGAUUAUGAUCUGGUUGGAAAGGAUAGCAAGAAAAUCGGGCAGGAUAGUAGCACCAUAGAUAUCGAAGCUAAAAAGUCCAUAAUCAAGACACCAGCAGUUUUGUCACCCCUCAUUCGUCCAUUGUUCAGACUUUGGUGUCACGAAAACACACGUACAUAUUGUGAUCGCCUCCUGGAUGAAGACCAGCGAUUCUGGUUUGCGUCAGUACUGAAUGAACAGGUCGAGGAACACUUCUGCAAGGGGGAAGGUUCGCUGGAACUGAUGUUUGAAGAGUAUGCUUCUCAGAAGAUCCUAGAAGAUGAACCUGAAGAUCUUUUUGGUGUAGCUCCAGGUAGUAAUGCACCACCACCUUCUGCUAAAGGAAAAACAGUUUCCAGCGAAUCCCUUGGUGAACAUCAGGAGAAUGUUGUUAGUGAUUCUAAAAAGGCUGCGGAGCCAGAUAAAGAAGUAGAUGAUGAUGUUGUUGAUGAUGUUGACGAUGAUGAUGAUGACGGUGACGAUGAUGACGAUGACGAUGAUGAAGCGGAAAUUGAUGAAGAUGCACAGGAGGAAGAAGAAGAAGAGGAAGAAGAAGGAGAAGAAGAAGAAGAUAAUGGUAAUAGCACACAGUCCGAAGAAGACAAGGAACAGCAGGAAGAAGAAUCAGACAACGAAGACAGUGAGGAAAAACUUGAGGGUCAAGAAGAAGAAGAGGACGGUCAAUCUGAACGUAGCUCCAGUAGUACUGCAACGAGUAAUGCCGAGUCACAAGCUGAGAAAAUAGAAUGCACUUUUAGCUCCACUGGUCCUCGUACUAAGGUAACCUUUGGAGACAUCAAAGAACUAGACGACAAGGAAUACAAAGGUCCUCUGAUAACCUUUGACCAGCUAACCAAACCAGGAGAAGACUUGACAGACAUCAUAUUCAAUAAGCAUUUCAGUGCCUCUGUGCCGCCGAUUGGUAAUAUUCCAGAUGCUGCACGGGGCUAUGUAGAGUGUACCAAAGAUGUCCUUGAAAGUGGUGUCAAUAACUGUGUGUCCUCUUAUAACUCCCGCUUUUCUGAGACGAACUCUUUUAGCAAGAUAAAUAUGGUGACUUUCAGACAGGCUCUUCACCAUGCUUCACGGAUAAGUCGUGCGCUGGCAGCACAAGGUGGCCAUGCAUUACUAUUAUCGUGCCUUGGAUACGGAAGAAGGACUCUCGUGCGUCUCGCUUCCUUUGCUGCAGGAUUCAAAUUGGUGGAGCUACAGGCUGCUCUUUUCCAAAGCAAGCAAGAACAGCGACAGCAAAUCAAGGCGGCAAGCUACGUGGCGGGUGUACAGGGUAAACCAGUCGUGCURUUCGUCUCAGAGAAUCAGCCAGAUGACACGUUACAGGAUAUUUGCGCUCUCAUGGUUGAAGGUACAUGUCCAGGAUUGUAUACCAGCAACGAAAUCAGCAUGAUAUCCAGUCAACUUCUUCCUGGCGGGCAACGUGGGGCCAGACGUACCGAACACCAAGACAUCGCGCAAGAACGCUUCUUCCGUCGCGUCAAAUCUAACCUACACGUGGUGGUCUGCCUAAAAUACGAACCUCUUUCCUCAAAAAAUCCUCCAUCGACUUCACAGCUGUAUAAAUUUCCUCUUCUGCUUACUCGCUGCUGUUGUGUAGAUACUUACCUCCCCUGGUCACACGAAGCACUGACGAGCAUCGCCAAUAAACUCAUAAGUGAAGAGGAUCCUGUAUUCGACUAUGUACCUUGGAGCAAACGGGAACGAGAAGCGCAAGUGGCGUCUAUAUGUUCUAUUAUGGCACAUGUACAUUUAUCAGCCAGGUCUAUGGUUCAGAAAUUUUACGGAACGAAAGGCCUUAAGGUGUAUUCACCUGAUGAUUACCUGGACUUUGUGGAACUCUUUAAGAAGUUUUGUGUUCGACUUUGUCUCAAAGAAAAGACCACAGUAUCUCGUCUAAAGCACGGCCUCAAGCGCAUGGAAGAAGCAAACACUAGCAUAGAAAAGAUGAACGACGAGUUAUCAGAGCUCACUCCGCAGUGCAACGAGGGCCACGAUGAGGUUAAAGAAUCUCAGCAGGACAUAGAGGCAACUCAAAAAGAAUACCAAGAACAAAAAGAGGCUUGCAAGAAGCAAGAACUAGAAGUCGAGAAAAUCAAGGCACCUGUUGAUAAACUAAAGAAAGAAUCUAAAGAUGAAUUUGGAAAGGUCAGUCCUUUGUUCGAUGCAGCGUUAAAGGCGAUUCAAUCACUCGAUGUUCACGACGUGGAAGAAAUCAGAAGUUAUCGUGUACCUCCGUUUCUUGUUGAACUUGUGGCCAAUUCAAUCUGCUUACUGUUCAAAAGGAAUCAAACUUGGGAGCAAAGCAAGAUUCUCUUCAAUCGUGAUAACUUUUUCAAAGACCUUGAGUUUUACAACAUCAAAGGAAUGACCGACGGCAUGUUCAAGAGACUUAAGGUGUUCUGCGACCAUGCGUUGUUCAAACCAGAGACUGUCAAGGAUGGUAGUGCUGCUGCUGCCUCGUUGUGCAUGUGGGUACGAGCUGUCUACGACUAUGCGGUUGUAUACCGAGCUUUAAAACCCAAGCGGAAGAAGAUUAAAGAGGCUGAGAAAGAACUAGAACAGGCAAAGACCACGUUAGGUGAGAUGAAAGUCCAAUGUAACACCAUCAAACAAGAAUUAGAAGAAAAGAUAGAAUCUUACAAAGAAAGUGUCAAACAGACGAAGAAUAUCGAGAAAAAGAUCCAGGCUAUCGAGUCUCGCAAAUCCCGUGCCACCAACCUCGUCAACAGCCUGAAGGAUUACCACGAGUCCUGGAAAACGACAUUAGACGUUGCCAAGCAACACUUAACAACCUCUCCUGGUGACGCACURAUAGCGGCUGCAUGUGUUUGUUACUUUGGUCCUCUGAAUAAAAAGGCACGUGAAGAGCUCUUUCUUGAUUGGCUGAAAGUAUGCGAUGGAACCACGCGGGAGAUUUCAAACCAAACCAGCAGCCUUGCACUGAUGAUGCUCCGGAAUCCAGAUUUCCCGCCAAAAGACACCAACACCGAGAAGGAAUCUGAAGAGGAGAACCAAGAUGUUAAACCAAUAAGAUCAAACAUCUCACUUACAAAUGUCAAUAAUAAAGUUGCCCUUCGUGAAGGUAUUUCAUUGGCGUCCAUCUUGACCGAAAAAGAUGAGCUAACCGAGUGGAUUAAGGAAGGUCUACCCAAUGAUGAGCAAGCAGUGCAAAACGCUCUGAUAAUGCGCAGUUGUAGUAAUGAUCGGUUUUGUUGGCCGCUGUUGAUUGACCCACAUGGACAGGCAGAGAAGUGGGUACGAGCUUUAAUGGAAGUCAAUCCCAAGACCAAGACAGAAACUUUAGACCGUCCAUCCUCAGAGACGUCAAGGCGGCGCAGCUCACCUACCCGUGUGUCUAGUACUCUGGACUAUCAAGACCUCAGUAAUCAAGAUGAUGAUGAUGAUCGCAUUUCCAAUAUAGGAAACAGUAAUGAUGAUGGUGAUGAUGUCUUGUUGUCUGAACUAAAAGAUAGCAAUGAUGACGAGACGACUGUUCGUGAUUCUGAUUCACCCAUGACUGCGAUCACAGAUCAAACAGCAGGAAGUACUUUUACUACCACGACAGAUAAAACGUUUAAGGAAAGGUUAGCCCGUGAAAUGGGACUACAGGUUGAUUCGCCAGACAUGUCGACGGAGUACGCUCCCACGCCUAACCUUGAUAUCGACGAGGGUCAAAUAAUGGUCAUACCGGCAGAUGAUCCACAACUACGGAGUAAAAUCCGUGCAGCUGCAAUAGCAGGAGUAGUGGUCCUCGUCACACACGUGGAACGAAGACGUUGGAACAAGAAGCUCUGGCUUCUCUUGUCGAGGCAAAUAUUAGUCGACAAUAGCACUAAUACCAAAAAGAUUGUUAUAGGAAAAUCAGCCGUAGAGUUUCGUCCGUCGUUCCGGCUGUUUCUCAGUAGUUCCGUACCACUGUACAUGAUGGGUGAAGGUCUAGUGCCGUUGCCUCUGUCCAAGACUGGUGUGAUCGAUAUGUCAUUGAGCCAGGAAGGCAUUGCCAAUUGUUUAUUAACGGAGACUUUGACUCUGGAACGACCGGAGUAUGAUGGACAGAAAAGAUCCUUGGAGAGGGACUUGACUCUUCAUGAGCAACAAAUGAAAAAUGCGCAGGAAUUUGUGCUUGAUAAAGUUCUGGAGUUAAAACAACCUUUACUCAAAGACACGACUAUGUUAGCCAACGUGAACAAGAGCGUGGAUGUCCUCAGUACUGCUGGAGAGCGCUACCAAGAAUCAUUGGCCAUGCGCAAACAGAUGCAAGCCAAGCGCGAUGACUUCUUACCAGUUGCACGUCACGGUGCAAUGCUAUAUACGAUCAUCUGUCAGAUGCACAAAAUCCGUCCUGCAUAUUACCACAUGCCAUUCGAUACCUACCUCAAGCUGUUCCGAGAAACUAUUGCUGAAAGGAAGAGAAAUAAGAAAAACUUGGGCUCGCCUGCAGCACGUGCGGCCGAGCUGGUAUCUGCACUAUCUAGAAUGAUAUAUACUCGUAUGUCCUGGGGAUUGUUUCUUGGUGACAAUCUGGUUUUCCCAUUCCUCAUGUCAGUAGAGAAGCUGUUAUCAGAGAAUGAAAUAACAGAAGAAGAAUGGCAGCUAUUUAUCUAUCGCCAACCCUUGCCAGAACACCUACUUCCUCCGGUUGAGGACGAAGACAAACCAGACUGGGUCACUCCGCAGGCUUGGCGUUCUCUCACUCAAAUAGAAACUUUGCCACCAUUUAAAAACCUGAGGAAGUCAUUAAUCGAAUUUCCCGAAGAAUGGAGAGAGUACUUUUUACUUCCUCCGGUUCUGUUAGCCAACACACCAGGAGAGUUUCCGUUCUUGACGGUUUUCCAGAAAGCCUUGCUAUGGAGAGCAUUCCGAGAAGAUCAGAUGUUCCAAGUGUGCCAAGACUUUGUACUGUGUGUAAUGGGAGCCAAUAUGGUUCACCCUGUAGAGUACGACAUACAGCAAGUUCAUUUACAUAUCAACAAUGCCACGCCUGUUGUAUUCAUGCUACCUCCACUUCAAGCCUUGUCUGAAGGCACUUCUGCUAUCAUAAGAGACCCUGACGAAGACAUUCUAGAUCUAGCAAGAACGCACGGUAAAGCAACGUACGUUGAUACGGUGUGUUUGGGUGAGAACUCUGCAAUACAACAUGCGUUAUACGCUGUACAGAGAGGCAUGGACUUGGGACACUGGGUGAUCAUCAAGAAUGCUCAUCUGACCGAUUACUGGCCUCAGGAAUUCUUAGAAAUCCUUCAGGUAAUAACCAGUACGCCACAAAUCAUCGAAGAACGUGAAAAGGAAGGAGAAUGGUGCGAGGACUAUGAGUCCAGAACCACUCAAUCCAGAAACCAAACUUUGGUUCACCCCGACUUCCGUCUAUUCUUUACUGCGCGUGUCGACUCUGGAAAACUUCUUCCCGCGAUUCUCAUUCAGCGCGGGCUCAAGCUUGCUUGUGAAUCGAAAACUAGCUUCCGAUCAACCAUAAAACAAGCUCUACAAGUGGAGGCUCGUAGUAUUAACAGCUGGUCUUGUCACUGGAAAGAAACUGUUUUCAAGAGCAACAGUUUGAAGAGCGACGUGCCCCAAUAUGCUAUGUACGCUCUUGCUUACUGUCAUUCAUUGUUGCUCUGCCGCCGCCAGUAUGGGUCAUUUGCUUUCACGUGUCCAUAUCAAUGGUCGUACCCGGAUAUACGAGGGGCUGCUGACAUACUACGUCAUCUAACACGUGCCUGUAUGGAACCCUUGACAAAUACACUUGAUCAAGAACACUUACUGCGCGUUUCUUUAGCUGAUAUCUUAACUAGUGCUACCUAUAAUGGGCACGUCAUUGAUAAUCAUGACUGGGCAGCGGUAAAAUCCAUCGCGAUGUCUGUCUGCAGUAGUGAAACAAUGAAGAAUAUUGAUGAUUUAUCACAAAAUAUUCCUGUCGAGGAACGCCUAAAAAAGUUUCCUGAGAAACCAUCUUUGGGCCACCUAGGUCUGGUGAAAGACUCGGAAACACAGUACAGCAUUCAACUUAGCAGAACUAUGGGCGUUGCUUUCGAAACUAGUAUGGAGCUUAGUCCACCGCGGUUUAACAUGGACAAAGUCAUUCAAAAGGUGAAUGAAAUUUCUGACAUCAUUGAUGAGAGUUUGAAAGUCAUCAAAAAACCAGAGCAAGGAAAAUUUGAUACUGCCUUGUCAGCAUUCUUUGUCAAAGAGCUGGAAUAUUACGAACAGUUUCUACAUACGGUAUCAAGGGAUCUCCAGUUGUUGCUUCAAGCCAUUGGAGGAAGUAUGGCACACACUCCUCACUUGCAUAGCCUUUUGGGAACGCUUUACUGUGGAGAUGUUCCUCCGCAUUGGCAUGACAGCUAUCCAGGACCCACAUCUUUGGGUAUGUGGUUAAAGUAUUUGUCAUCCGGGUUGCGUGCUGUACAGAACUACACUGCAUUGGUGCCUAAUGUUAUUCGACUGAGUGCAUUCGUCCAUGAUCAAGCUUUUUUCUCCUGCGUGUUGAGGGACUUUUGCAAGACCAAUUCCAAAGCACCACAAUCAUUAGUGUUCAAUAUGGAGGUGAUGCAGCCUUCGUUUGAACCAGAGUCACCUGCAGAAUAUGGUGUGUUCCUAUCAGAUGUAUCCGUCAAGAACGCCUUCUGGGACACUGAAAGGAAAUGCCUAAUUGACACUGAAAGUCUAUCAGCUGUCAGUCAUCUGCCAGUCAUUCUUCUAACGCUUGUAGAAGCUAAACAGCAAAUGAAGACUCCAGACAAUAAAAAGAUUAUUGUCUAUCAGUGUCCUCUUGUUACUGAAGGCAAGAACACGAAUCACUUACAGAACCUUGUGACAAACCUUACUGUCAUGUCAGCUAUCAGCUAUGAUGACCUCGUGAAAAUAAAGGUCUGUCUGUCUAUUUCAUUCCGCAAUUCUUGAGCGGUUUUAAUCGUAGUUUCUUCCAUUCUUGACUUUGUUGUCAUAUCGACCAUCAGCCCCGAAGACCACGUUAAAAGCAAAGUCUGUCUUUUUGUUCUGUUUCUGCUUAUUCGCCUUCUAUAGCUGUACAAAAUUGAAAAAGAAAUUUUGUUUUUAUGAAUUUUUAUCAACUUUAAUUAUUUUGCAAACGCUACAACAUAUUUAUAUGGGUGUUAAAAGACCCCAAGUGUACAGUUUCUUUAUUCCGGUUAUAAAUGUCCUUUACCAAAAUUAUGGACUUAACAUCUUUAAAAUGUAUGUAUAAUGUAUCUCCAUAGUAUGUGUGAGCAAAGCUUAUUGAAUUGUGUUGUAGCUCUGCUAAGUUAUUUUUGUAAAUAAAACUGGACUUUAC